CUUGUGGCACGUACCUUUCCCUUUUUGGAAGCCGACUGCCCCCAAGCCGCUCCUCCGGGUCAAGAGACCACUCGGAGGAUCCCGUUUGAUCGUGUCACGUCACGGUCAUAGUGAAUGUGUUGUACGAUCCCCCGGGCGUGUCGAGUGUGCAAGACUUGCAGUGGAUGACCUUCUGCAAGCACAAGCUAAAGUCAUCCCAGAGAGACAAAGUCCGGCAGUUCAUGUCCUUCACGCAGGCAGGGGAGAGAACUGCCGUGUACUGCCUGUCGCAGAAUGACUGGAAACUAGAAGUGGCGACGGACAAUUACUUCCACAAUCCAGACCUCUAUUUUAAAGAGUCCAUGAAAAAUUUAAUAGAUCGCAAGAAGCUGGAUCAGCUCUAUAACAGAUAUAAAGAUCCCCAGGAUGAGAAUAAGAUCGGCAUCGACGGAAUUCAACAAUUUUGCGAUGACCUGACCCUUGACCCGGCCAGCAUGAGCAUAUUGGUGGUAGCGUGGAAGUUCAGAGCGGCCACGCAGUGCGAGUUCAGCAAGAAAGAGUUCCUGGAUGGGAUGGCAGACCUCGGCUGUGACACUCCUGAAAAACUGAAGGCCAUCCUUCCCAGACUAGAACAGGAGCUGAAAGACAGCGGCAAGUUUAAAGACUUUUACCAGUUCACCUUUAAUUUCGCCAAGAAUCCUGGACAGAAAGGUUUAGAGUUGGAGAUGGCCGUGGCUUACUGGAAUCUAGUUCUCACUGGUCGCUUCAAGUUUUUGGAUCUUUGGAACAGAUUCCUGCAGGAGCAUCACAAGCGUUCCAUCCCCAAGGACACAUGGAAUCUCCUUCUGGACUUUGGCAAUAUGAUUGCAGAUGACAUGUCAAACUAUGACGAAGAGGGGGCAUGGCCAGUUCUCAUCGAUGACUUUGUGGAGUUUGCACGGCCAAUCGUAUCGGAGGGCAAAAGCGGCAUGACAUAGCCUUUGACUCACACUUUGAAUGGACUUCUCUCACAGUUUUUUUUUUUUUGUGAAUGAUUUUUUUUUUUUUAAAACACGUAAGCCAAAAAGACAGCCGCAGUAGUCUCGUUUGCGGAGUUGCCGAGGCCUCCUCGUGGAAGAAGCCGCGCCAAGACUUUUAUACGUCGACUUGGAGUGAACUUUGAAAGUCAUCUGGUACUUGGCGAUUAUGGACAAAGAUUCAUCAUGCUGCUGCGGACUUGGCUCACUGACCUAAAUCUUUUGCACAACAAAGAGGAUGGGAGGGCGGGGGCGAGCUUUUGGUGCAGCAACAGCAGGUGCCGUCUUCCUUUUUGUCAGUGACCGGAACAAGAAGAGUCAGGAAGAGCGCCAUCGACGAUCUCACUGACAAUCGCAGUGCGAGCUACGCGUGCACUCGCUGUCAGUCUUGUUUUCAGUCGGGGUUCCUUGCCAUUCUUUUAUUUUGCUUUGACAUUUAGCAACGUGGCCAAGCUCUGCAUUUUAUAUUCAAAUUUGACAGUUGGUUAAAAGGAGUAUGCAUUUUGAGGACCAGUAAAAUACUGCGUUGCUCUUCAUUUGCAUUGUAUUUUGUAACACAACUGCCUUUUUUUUUUUUCCUUCUAAUACGUUCAGCAAUGUUUAAAUCGGAGCACGGCCAGAAACUGACUGGCACGUUAAGCGUUUUUUUUUUUUAGUAGCCCGGUGAAUGACGCCAACGACAAACUCCAUUGAUUUACACAGUUUGGCAAACAUUUUGAUCACACUAAGCUGCUACGUUUUAGGUCAACGUCAGUAUUUCAAAAGUCUUGUUUACAUUGUUUUAAUUAUAGAAAGUAUUUCAGAAAAAGGGCCGACUGACCUUGUUGCUGCCAUCUCGGGAUAGCUAUGAACACUACAAUAGCUGGACCGUCACCCCGAACAUGUUUUAAGUUAUUUCCCCGUAUUAUGUCGCACUGCUGCCCUUCACAAUGCUGUCAACUUGUAUGACCUUUAAACCCGCAUUGAAUGUGAACGCUACAAAACAAGUUUUAUCCACAGUGAGCGACGCCCAUGUUUCACACAACCUGGUUGUUUGUGUACUUUGGUACACCGUGUGUACUUCUGGUUCACUUUGCUUGUCCUUGUGAAAAUAUUCAGAUGAUGUGGAACCUGAUGUAACGGAUUGCCGGUAACACGAUGGACGAGAAAAUGUCAAGAUGGGCAAUGUGUUACAUUUGGUACGUGUCAUCUGGUUACAUGGAAAAGGAAUUCGAUUAAGUCCCAAAGGUGUUUUACAAGAAUGUCAAUAAAGCAUGUGUGUGAAACGGA